GUUGCGGCUUGCGACGCAGGAGAGAGAAAGUACGGAGAGAGAGAGAGAGAGUCUAGUGGCCAGAAAGUGGACUUGGAGUAGGAGUUGGACGACGUUCGUGCGUCGUGAGAGGAGAACUGAAGACGAAGAACAAAUAGAGAAGUAACGUGUCUGUCUGUCGCUCUGGGUGGAAAUGGCGAGCACAACAGUUGAGAAAGAGACACAGGCCGGAGCAAAAGAAGAGGUUGUUUCGGUAGAACUCCCAGCACCUCCGGAUUGGAAGAAAAAGUUCAUGCCCAAGAAAGGAGGGACACCCAAGAAGAAUGAGAUCAUUUUCAUUGCUCCAACUGGGGAAGAGAUCAGUAAUCGAAAACAGCUGGAACAAUACCUUAAAUCACACCCUGGUGGUCCUGCAAUAUCUGAGUUUGAUUGGGGCACUGGUGAGACACCACGUAGAUCAGCAAGGAUCAGUGAGAAGGCAAAAACAGCUCCACCACCAGAACCUGAGCCACCAAAGAAGAGAAGCAGGAAGUCAUCAGGAUCAAAGAAGGAUACUAAAGAAACAGAAGCCCCUCCUGAAGGGACUGAUGGGAACAAAGAAGUUCAGAUGCAAGAUGCAGUGGAAACUGAGAAAGAUAGUGCUGAAACAAAGAAAGAGAAAGCUAUAAACUUAGAAAAUCAAGGUGAAAUUGAGAACAAAAAACAAGAAGAUACAGAGAUAACCAAGGAUGAUACUGAAGUGGGAGAAGCUGCUGCAGAGAAAUCCCAUGCUGACAAAGCCAAGGAGGAAAAGGAAAUUCAAAUUCAAGAAGAUGCAGCAGUUAACAAGGAAGAUGAGACAGAAAAAGAAGUGAAAGCCGAGGAAGUGAAGGUUCCAGAAAUGGUAGAGCAACCAAAAAUAGAGACUAGCAAAAAUGAGGGUCCAAAUAGUGGUGAAGGGAAGCCAGAGAUGGUUGUUAAUGAAGUGAAACACAAAGAAGAGGCAAGGGAGAAAGAAAAGCAAAACAAAAYUUCAUCGGAAUUCAUUGGAGAAAUCAAGGAGAAACACUCAGAGCAUGAAAACAAUGAACAGCAUAGUUCACAGGUGGAAGAGAAUGGUAAGAAAUUGGAGGGGCCUCUGAUUGAGAAUGGCUGCCGUGAUGGUGAGGAUGGUGAGACCAAGACUCAGGAGGUCAAUCAAAUUGGACGAGUUGGUGCACAGCAGCCUCCUGAACCCUCACCAGUCAGCUGCUGAGUAUAUUUCCUCUUUACCAUCUUUCUUUCACUUCAAUUGCCUACACCUAGUUCUUUGGAUGACUGUAAUGUCAGUUUCCUUGAUUGGGAUCUGGUUUUCAGCUGUAUCAUGGUAGAUUAGGCCUCGGAUGCAUCAUCUUUAUGCUGCAUUGGAAAGAACGUAGGUUGUACCUUAUAACAAUGGCACUAGUAUUGUGGUGUCGAAAACUACUACUAAUAUAUUACUACUGUACACGACUACUAAUCUCCAAACUUAUGGACAAUAUGCAUGACCUAUAUGGUUUGAAAUUUGGCAGAUUUCUUUGAA